UUAUAUAUGAGUGAAAAUAAUAUCACAACUUAUUUGAAGGAUAAAUGUCUUAUGGGUGUAAAAAGAAUCUUGACAAAGCUGUAAAAUAUUAAAUUAUUAAUCAGUUUAUUUAUGAAAAUUGUAUGCACAAUACUACAGUAUGACUCAUUCAACUUGUUUUUGUUGAAUGUAAAAAUGUUGUGGAAAUUGUAACACAGGAGUUACAUAAAAACAUUCCCAAGCAAAAACUGCUUUUCAAAUUCGAAUUUUAUAUAAAUCUUCUAUAAUAUAAUGGAUGAGGAAGCAUGCAGCACAAGUGCAGGGCACUCGACAGAUGUUUCAUCAAGAUAUCUUGAAUUGUGGGUUCCGAAUGACUUUCAAACUUGUUUGCCAAUGGUUGAUCCAUUGUCAAAAUUAUGCAAUGAGGCAGUGCCGAAAGAAGAUCAACCGGCGAGAUGCUUUCGUGGUCCAAUCAUUCUAGACCGUAGACAAAGAAGGCAUACUUGUGUGUACGAUUCUAAGACUUUGAGAGCAAGAAGACUAAGAAACGCUGUAUCGCUGAACAACCUUGAUUUGGUCCGUCGCUUGCUCCAAACAGGAGUCAGCGCCAACAGCAGCGACAGCCAACGCAGAAGUCCUUUACAUUUGGCCUCCUGCAAAGGCUACACACAGAUGGUGAAGCUGCUCAUCGAACACGGAGCAGACGCCAACAUCAAAGACGACUUAGGAAACACUCCCCUACACUUAGCAGCCUGCACCAACAACAUAGAAAUCAUCACCCUCCUCCUAGACGGGGGAGCUGAUGUCUCAUCCCUAGACAACUGCGGUAGAAAUCCUUUACAGUUGGCUCAGAGCAAGCUGAGGCUGAUCAUAGAAAUGAACAAGAAGAGGAUCGAGCCUCCUGAGAUGCAGAAAUUGAAAGAUCAAGUGCAACAGGUGGUCAGUAUGUUGUUGACGUUUCUGCAGAAGCAGAAGGACGCUCGAGUCGAAUUGGACGAUUUGAGUGAUAAACUUAAUAAGUUGAAAACUUCAGAAAUUAAUGAUAUUGAUGGAGAGGUUUCGAAAUUGUUGGACGACUUGCAAAUCUUAGAGAUAAAGAAGUAA